AUGCGGUGGUCGAUGCCUACCUGGCGCUCGAUUCCAACGCCCGUGUGGCUUGCGAGACCCUGGUCACGACCAACCGGAUGGUGCUGGCCGGCGAGGUCCGCGGCCCCGAGUCGAUCACCAGCGAGGCCCUUGAGUCCAUCGCGCGGACCUGCGUUCGCGAAAUCGGGUACGAGCAGGAGGGCUUUCACUGGGCCAAGGCCGCGGUCGAGAUCCAUGUUCACGCUCAGUCGGCCGACAUCGCGCUCGGCGUGGACCAGGCCGGCAACAAGGACCAGGGCGCGGGCGACCAGGGCAUCAUGUUCGGGCUAUGCCUGCCGCGAGACCGAUGCGCUCAUGCCGGCGCCCAUCCACUAUGCCCACGCGAUCCUGGCCGCGCUGGCCCGCGCCAGGCACGCGGGCGAUGCGCCCGGCCUCGGGCCCGACUCCAAGAGCCAGGUGACGCUCCGCUAUGAGGACGGCGUGCCGGUGGGCGCCACCUCGGUCGUCGUCUCGACCCAGCAUGCGGCGGAACUCUCCCAGGACGACGUACGCGCCAUCGUGCGCCCCUACGUCGUGGCCGCGCUCCCCGACGGGUGGAUGUGCGAGGAGGACUGGUUCUACGUCAAUCCGACCGGCCGCUUCGUCAUCGGCGGGCCCGAUGGCGAUGCCGGGGUGACGGGACGCAAGAUCAUCGUCGAUACCUAUGGCGGGGCGGCACCCCACGGCGGCGGCGCCUUCUCGGGCAAGGAUCCGAGCAAGGUCGACCGCUCGGCGGCCUACGCGGCACGCUAUCUGGCGAAGAACGUCGUCGCCGCCAACCUCGCGUCGCGCUGCACCAUCCAGCUCGCCUAUGCGAUCGGCGUCGCCUAUCCGCUGGCGGUCUAUGUCGAUACCCACGGUACCGGCGAGAUCGAUGAGGCAAGACUCGCCAAAGCGCUCGAGUCGGCGAUGGACCUCUCGCCGCGCGGCAUCGGCGAGCAUCUCGACCUCGCCCGUCCGAUCUUCGAGCGGACGGCGGCCUACGGCCACUUCGGCCGCGAGCCCGAGGCCGACGGCGGCUUCUCCUGGGAGCGGACGGACCUCGUCGACCCGCUUCUCUCCGCGGUGGGGUGA